AAGGGACUGAGCACAGUCCUCUACAACACAAUGAACGCACUUGUCGCGUACGAGAGCAGCGAUGAGGAAGAAAACAUCCAGCCUGAGAAGCCGGCCGAGACAGUAAAAGUCACUCCACCACAACCGGCCACAGGACCUGUACCCCAGCCAGCUCCAGCAUCAGUGCCGCAAUCAGCACCGAAGUCUACGACAACCGCCCAGCCAACGCCAAUUGCAGAUGCACCUCUCCCAGGACCGGCUGCAGGUCCAGCACCGGCCGCACCUGUGCUUGAGCCUUUAGCGGAUACUUCUUUCGAUCCCUACGCAUUCGAGCGACAGCGCUUGCGGGAACUCACGAUGCCGACUCUACCAAACUUUGAUAUUCCCGACUCGCCUCCGCCUCCAACGAGAAAUAGUGAAGAAGCAGCAGUGCUGGCGGCCACAACUAAGAAAUUGGAACGCUUCCUCGAACUGAAGAAGCAGGGUGUUCACUUCAAUGAUCGACUACAGAGUACAACGAGUUUGCGGAACCCAAGCUUGCUACCCAAGCUGAUGGACUUUGCUGGACUUACACGAGAGGACGGCUAUGCCAGCAGUAUGAGUGAGGAGGUAGCCGUUCCUGUGAAGUGGCCCGAGGAAUGCUACAUCGAAGCUCUGAUGCAGCAAAAUGAACGGAGAGAAAAGAAACGACUGCGGGACAGGGAUCACGUCGAUUUCGUUCCGGCCAAGAGCGGAGGGAGCAGUGCGAGCGGCACUCCUGCUGGCUCUGCUGGACCAAAGAGGAGCAAGUUCGAUGCCAAAUGAUUGCAGCGAUGCCCGAUCAUCAACUCGGCACGGUGAAGACUUGAUAUUUCGAGGACAACCCAGCUCUUACGGGAAACGUGGUCGAAUGCAACCCAUAUCCGUUGAUACGCUCACGCCUCGCCUGAUCUGUGCAACGCUGCUUCAUUGCCUUGCGGGGUACAGCACGCACCACUUCCAGUCAGAGCGACUGAAGCCGUGUUUCAGGAGACACGCUCAAGGGACGUUGACCCCAGUCGAUGUGCGCCAGUCGCGGUAACGAGGCAUACCUUGCCUGUCAUUUGGCAUUGACUUUGCUCUCGAGCCCUGACCCGUGUCAGCGCUGAUAUGGCUGUCCAUGAGCCAGCAAGAAGUAUGGCUGGGCAAAUUCGGCUACCAGGAUGGCGAUUUGGAGCUGGUAGAGCUUGUAAGCUUGACGCGCUUUCGUGAGACUUUCGUGAGACUUCAGUAUAGAACGGCGCGCGAGCCAUAUGAACUCGGACCACUCCUUUCCAAUGCAGUAGCAUGACACAACUCGAGCAACAGUUGAGUUGAGAAGCAAACACGCAAGCUCAGCAGCGGAUAGCUCCAAUCCACAGGAACACGGUACGACCGAGUCUCCAUGCAGUCCUUCAUCGACGAUUUACCCCCUUCCGAGAAUCGAGCAACGAGCUGACUGUCUCCCGGG